GAGGAAAUAUGGCUUGCAACAAAGUUGGUGUAUUACAUGUUUUCCUUUUGUGUGGUGCAAUUCUACUGAGCGUCAAUCCAGAAACUAUGUUCGCAAAAGCAUGCCCACAAUUUUGCUAUUCGGAUGUAGCGUAUAUGACCUGCCCAUCUUCAGGCAGUGAACACCUUGCUCCUGCCUGCAAUUGUUGCUUAGCUGGAGAGGGCUGCACCCUUUAUUCUGCUGAUGGAACUUCAAUCUGUACUGCUACUUGAGAAGGGGGG